UUGGCUCGUCCGAAGCAGGCUGGCUUGUAGAGAAAAUCUUCAAGGGUUCGCAGUAUGGAAGUGCAUCCGCCACAUUGUUACGGGGCGAGACACACCCAGACGAUGCUGCUCGUUUGCCUAAUGGCGCUAUCGUUCGGAAUGAGAGCCAAUUUAUCGGUUGGGAUUGUUGCGAUGACCGAUCCAGAGGCCAGUCCCAAUCCAGACGUUCCUACGUUUGUAUGGCGCGACCAAAGCGUAAUCAUGUCAUCGUUCUACUGGGGUUACCUGAUCACGCACUUUGUGGCUGGGCCACUGGCGAAAAACUACGGCCCCAAGCUGUUUCUAAUUCUAACCACUGCGAUCGGAUCCUUGGCCUCGAUUGCUCUACCAUUUGUCGCGCAUUUCGGCUCGUGGGCGGUUAUAGCGUGCAGAGUCGUCCAGGGUCUCGCCCAAGGAUUUAUUUUUCCGAGCGUUCACUGCCUCCUCUCCAAGUGGGUGCCUCCACUGGAACGCGCGCGGCUCGGCGCUUUUGUGUACACCGGUGGACCUUUUGGUAGUGUAAUAUCCAUGCCGUUUUCUGGGUGGAUCUCUGGAACGUGGCUGGGAUGGCCGUACGCCUUUUACAUUUAUGGUGCCGUCGGGCUCGCGUGGACGAUUGUGUGGGUCAUUCUCGGACGAAAUAGUCCGUCCGAUCACAAAGGGAUUAACCCCCAGGAAAAGGAGUACAUCGAACCCCCUCCAACUCCUUGGAAGCAGAUACUGACCUCGCUACCUGUUUGGGCGCUAAUUCUAGUCCACUCGGGGCACAGCUGGGGUUUCACCACGCUCCUGACCAAUAUACCCACAUUCAUGGCUAACGUUCUACAUUUCGAUAUCAAGAGUAAUGGGUUGCUAUCGGCGGGCCCAUACCUCGCGUUGUGGGCGUGGAGUUUAGUGUUUAGCUCCAUGACCGACUUCGUCAUAACACGCCGAUACUUGACCACGGGAACGGCUCGCAAAGUCGCCAACACCAUUGGUCUGUGUGGACCGGCCGCGGCGCUAGUGGCACUAGGUCUUCUCAGUAGCUCACAGGCUGACAUCACAUCCACCAUUCUCACCCUUCUCUUCGUCGCCGUUGGUAUUAACGGUAGCGCUUAUAGUGGGUACAGCGUAAAUCACAUGGAUCUUUCCCCUAAUCACGCCGGAACGCUUAUAGGGCUAAGUAACGGAAUUUCCAACAUAUUUUCCAUCAUCGGUCCGCUUCUGUUGCAAUUCAUUGUUACCGAACAGGAUAACCCCAUGCAGUGGGCCGUUAUUUUCUACGUUGCUUCGGCGAUUUACGUAGCGGUGACCGUUAUUUUUGACAUAUUUGCAUCCGGCGAGCAACAACCUUGGAAUGACGAACCAGGAUCUAAACCUAAACCUGUCGCGGUUCUCGAUUCUGCCUAGGUUAACGUAUUGUGUAUUCAUACGAA